GCGAAGCGAGGGCAGCCCGGUGCAGGCGCCGCCGGAGGCAAAAACAAGAAAAAAAGAGGCUCCGUUCAGCUGGCCCCUUCCUGAUUAGUCAGGUAACCUAUUUUGUAGAAUAAGACGAGACACGUAAGGGAGUUGGCAGGGCAAAAGACGCACCAGGAAGAUAUUUGUUAGGCAGAAUAAGACGAGACAGGCAAUUGGGAGUGGCAGGGCAAAGACGCAGCAGAAAGAUAUUCGUCAGUUGGAAGAUGAGAGACAAGACGAGACACGCAGUUGGGGGUGGCAGGGCAAAAGACCACCAGGAAGAUGUUCGUCAGUUGGAAAAUGGGAGAAACAAGACGAAACACGCAAUUGGGAGUUGGCAAGGUAAAAAGACAAACUUGGGAGUUGGCAGGCAAAAGACAAUCAGGAAGAUAUUCGUUAGUUCGAAGAUGAGAGAAUCAAGACAAGACAGGCAAUUGGAGUCGGCAGGGCAAAAAGACAAACUUGGGAGUUGGCAGGCAAAGACGCACCAGGAAGGUGUUCGUCAGUUGGAAGAAGCCAUCCCGAGACACGUCUUGGCUUUUGCUGGCACUUGCGAGCGUUGGUACAUGGUUUCGGAGCUCGGCGGCGGACGGGCAGGCAUUCCCUGUAAUGUUGGGGAUGGAGGGGUGGCGAAACGGGGCUCUCGGGGCUGUCGGAGCUCGGCGGCGGGCGCGACGGGCGAGGCAGUCCCUAUAAUGUUGGGGAUGGAAGCGGGGCGGUGGGGGGCUGCCGGAUUACUCAGUGUCGGGUCCGGGGGCAGGCAGGGCGGUUUUUCAGGGCAGGCAGCAGGCAGGCAGGCAGGCAGGCAGGCACGGGAUGAAUACCCAGGGAAUGCACUUUACGGCGGAUAGCAGCGCCGAUGGGAAUGCAUU